GUCUCAAGGUACGGAGCGCAGCGGGGAGAGAGGAAGCCACGUUGACACUGACCGGGAGUUUCAUGGUGGUGUGUGUGUGUGUCUGUCCUCCGGAGGUAACGGUCACGUCGUCGGGUAACAUCCGUGAACUCAGGCAGCUCCACUGAAACAUCCAGAGAAAGGACAGAGAGGCCACAUCAUCUGACAGCAUGAGUGUUGGAUUCAUUGGAGCAGGCCAGCUGGCUCAUGCCCUGGUGAAAGGGUUCACAGCUGCAGGUGUGAUUGCUACACAAAGGAUUACAGCCAGCUCUCCAGAUACAGACCUGCCAACGGUGUCAGGGCUGAGGAAAAUGGGGGUGAACAUGACAACAAGCAACAAAGAGACCGUCAGUAAGAGCGAUGUGCUCUUCCUGGCUGUGAAACCCCACAUCAUCCCCUUCGUUCUGGAUGAGAUCGGGCCAGACAUCGAGGACCGUCACCUCAUAGUGUCCUGUGCUGCAGGUGUCACCAUCAGCUCCAUAGAGAAGAAACUGCUCAAGUAUCGUUCAAAUCCUAAAGUCAUGAGGUGUAUGACAAAUACUCCGGUGGUGGUGAAAGAGGGAGCUACAGUGUACGCCACUGGGACACAUGCAGAGGUUGAGGAUGGCAAGUUACUGGAGCAGCUGAUGUCCAGUGUAGGAUUCUGCACCGAGGUGGAGGAGGACCUCAUCGAUGCCGUCACCGGGCUGAGUGGCAGUGGACCAGCCUACGCAUUCACGGCCCUUGAUGCUCUCGCAGACGGAGGAGUGAAGAUGGGUCUGCCCAGGAGACUUGCUGUCAGACUUGGAGCUCAAGCCCUAUUGGGAGCAGCGAAGAUGUUACUGGACUCGGAGCAGCACCCUGGCCAGCUGAAGGACAACGUGUGCUCACCAGGGGGCGCCACCAUCCAUGCCCUGCACGUCCUGGAGAGCGGUGGCUUCCGCAGCCUCCUGAUCAACGCAGUGGAGGCUUCGUGCAUCAGGACACGGGAGCUGCAGUACCUGGCAGACCAGGAGCUUAUUUCUCCAGCAGCCAUUAAGAAAACCACACUUGACAAGGUGCUCCAGCAGCCUGGAGUCGCAGUCAGCGGAGUGGCUAAUGGGAACGGCAGGCCGGGGCUCAACCUGUUCAACAAUCGCAACCCUGGGGUCAAGAAGAAGAACUGAGUACACAGAGGGGCGGGCACAAACACACACACAUACACACACGUAUACAUGUUACAGGAUUAAGUGUACUAUUUGUACACAUGGAGUAAACAAACACAUACUAUUCAGCCAUAGAAUUAAAAAAACAGACUCGGGACUGGUCUUGAAAUCACAUUCAAAUUGCUUUGCCAAAUAAUUUAUUCAUACUUGAAUGACUUUUGGACAGUGGACCUGAUGGGGUCACCGCCAGUUUAUACACAAGCACAAGUGUAUUCUGGGUGCUCACAGUUACAGCCUUAUGUCAUGAUUUAGGAUUACGGUUUACAAACACACAAAUCCAGAUACACACUGAGGAGCAAAAGUGCAUUUACAAUUUGCUAUCUGGGCAGUUGAACGAUAAUGACCCAGUGGGCCAUCAUGGGAUCCUGGUAUGCACCAGGCAGCAGAUGGCUGCUGGGAAACAUCAAGCCGUUAAUGUCAAUGUAUGUCUUUUAAUGUCUAUCUUCGAAAAACAUGAAGCUACAAUGUUAAUCAUCAUGUUUCUUUUUGUAGUUGGUGCAGUUAUCUUUGUUAAGCCAACAGUAUUAUGCUGUUAAAGACCGAAUAUGGGUUCAUCAACCUUUUAACGCCUUUAUUUUUCUUAUCGUAUAACAACACUAUGGUACUCAUGGAUAAAAUACCUUCCCUGUGUUUUAUAAUUGGGAUUUUUAGCACAUUAGGAAAAUUGUGCCUUCGACGCAUAACUUUUUUCUCAAAUAUUAAGGUCAUUCCAAACUUUAAACCUCUGAUGUCAACAGUUUUCCUCGGAUCCUUCUGUUAUUUCAUUUAAACCGCUUGCUGAAGAAUAUUUAAGUAUGGUAAUGAAAGCUAAAAUCAGCCAUCAAUCCGUCCUAAUGUGUAUUUUGUAUUCUGUAUAUUUUUUAUCCCCAUCAAUGUUAGAUGUUAUAUGCUCAUUGGUUCGGCAUAUCAACCGCUGAAUUGGUGUGCCUGGCGGAAAGACGCUAUUAAAGAAACUGUUGCUUA